UCUUUUAGCGGCGCGACGAUGUCGGAAUCGUAGACUUCCUGCAUCUAAGUGCAGCGCUAGGCAUCCUUUGAGCAUCGUCUAGGUUAAGCAUCACUUCACAGAUCACACAUCCCUUGAUCCUCACCCCCUCUAACGCGUCCUUGCUAAUUGUAGACUGCUAUUAACCAGCUUGAUAGAUUACCAGUCAUCCUCAUGGUUCGUCGCAGCGCCGGAUUUGUGAGCAAACGGCCGCAUAAGAAGUCUCGGGGCGGAUGCCUGUCAUGUAAAAGGAAGAAGGUUAAGUGCGACGAAGGUCAACCAGCUUGCGGAUAUUGCACGGUCCGAAAGCUAGAAUGCGUCUACCCUCAGGAGUCCAAAUCGGCAUCAACCAGUCCACCAUCGGAGAAUCCACUAUCAUGGACUCCGCCCCCAGAUGGCGAAAGCGACUCCAACGAAAAUGCUUUCCAAGUGGCGCCCUGGCUCACCCCAGCUACGGUUACAUCCUCAGGUCAGCUUUCGAAAAUUGACCUUGAGCUGCUACACCACUAUAAGUUAUCCGUCUGGCCGACCUUGAGUUUCCGGGAAGAUGAAGCGGUUCACGCCCUCAAUCGCGACUGGGUACCGAAGAUGUCGCUCUCUCGGGACUACCUACUUUAUGCGAUCCUAAGCAUCUCCGCCUCCCAUAGCAACGCCUUCCGACCGAACGCUCAGGCGAAGAACCUCUCUGUGCUGUAUCGUCAAAAGGCCCUCGGCACAUACAGCAAAGCGUUGUCGAAUAUUACGUCGGAGAAUUAUGAAACUCUCCUGAUCACGUCUACUUUCAUGAUGAUCAUGGUGCCUCCGCCAGAGGUCCUCUGCGAUGAUUCGGCCUGGCUAACCUGGUUGUCUUCUCUACUCUCCAUGAUGCAGGGCCUUCGCGUCCUAGCGAGCUUGAAAUGGGCCGCUGGUAUCGAGAAGCUCACCGUCUUUCCACUCUUCAAAAGGGAGCUGAGAACGCUGCCUCCACCACCAAUCAUCACCGUGCCGCCCGAUCCUCGCCUCUACGCGAAUACUCGGCCCCCUGGAGAGGAUCCCGUCCACCCCAACCCACCCAACACGUACGAUCCGCCUCUAUUUGAAACUGUCCCUGCGGGACUGGAUAUGUCGAAUCUCCCGUUCCGCCCACAGGAGCUCAUGAGCGCGGGGAAAGUGCCACACGCACCCGUUAAAUGGAGAAAGAACCCCUCCUGGAUGAUCCCCUCGCCGGCCUUCCUCCCUCCGCCCCUUAUGGCGCUCCUAAAGACCCUCGUCGACCCGUCGGAAACAGGACCACUAGACCUACACAGGCCCACACUAGUGCCAACCCUGCACGCUCUCUCUCCCAUCUUCCUCUCCCUCUACUACUAUCACCUCAAUCCGGACCUCUACGUGCGCAUCUUCGUCCUGCCCACCUUCCUCACGCCCGAAUUCUUCGCACUCGUCCGCUCGCGCGAGCCCCGCGCCCUCAUCAUAAUAGGCUGGUGGUUCGCAUUUGUAAGGCUGAUUCCGAAUAUGUGGUUGUUUGAGGGGAUAGCGCCGAGGGUGCUGCAGGCCGUUAGUAAUGAGAUUAUGCGGUGCAACGAUAAGAUGUUGUUAGAUGCUAUGGAGGGCGCGUAUCGGAUUGUGAGCACGUACGAGAGAGUUGGGAGGGAGGCGGCGGCGAGGAGCGUGUUUGAGGGGUGGGACGGGGUUAGGUGGGACGAGGGGCCGACGAAGGAGGAGGAGUGGAGGGUUGAGGAGGCGUCUAGGGAGGAGCAGUGGAGAUUUGAGGAAUUGGUUGAUUUGAGUGCUGCGGGAUGAGCAGACUUUAGAGUGCUUGGGCUACCCAUGA